AAAACAAGGAGAUCUAAAUGUUUCUAACUUAAAUUAGUUAAGUGCAUGUAAACACGUAAAAUGGCAUGAAAAUGACUGUAUUUGUUAUCACUGAGUCAAAAUUUUGUAUGAUUUUUAGGUGAAAUGCUCGCUAAAAAGUGGUUUCUUUCUCAUAAUCUCCUUCCUUGCCCAGAAGGAAUAACUUCAUUACCUUGUCCUCUCACCGCUCCAGGCACUGAGACCUUAAAACAAUUUUGUGAGACAAAAAGCUGGACAGUCUUGAUACUGAAGCAAUAAUAUUUAUUUUGGCUUGUCAUCCUUCUCCCGAGAGAGAAGAAUAAAUAAACAACAACCGAGAAAGGCCGCACAAUCUAGCCGACAACACGAAAGAUAGUAUUUAGUCUCUGGAAUGAUAACAUUUCGCUUUCAACGAGGAUAAAGAUUGUAUCGACUGAGAAAUUUGAGAAGAUGUACGGACAUUGUCACAUUCUUGAGGGAGACUGGAACUAGACUCGUUAAACCAAAAUGGCGGCAGUGGGCGAAAUAUUUAUAUGAAUCUUCAUACGAGAGAAACAUGUGGGGUUAAUGUUGAUAAACAGGAUUUCAACUUUAAUGAAGUCGAGGACGUGGAAUCUCUUCCGAUGAAGCAUUUCGAUAAUGCGUUUGGGACCGUUUUGUCUGCACAAACCUUCGCUGAAGUUAUUUUUGGCCUGUAGUUUUACGUUCGUCCUAACUUUGUACGUGUUUUGGAAUGGAUGUGAAGUUCCUUCAAAUAGCCCCACAAAGAAACUCGAACAGAUAAGAGGUGUGCCACAAACAGUCUUAGAUUGCUCUAAAGUAAUUGCUAAAACAAGCAAUGAAGAAGACGAGCAAAGCAUAGGGACGGAAUUAAAUAAACCCGCAGACCGAAACGUUUGCCCAAGCGACGAGCGAAUUGACGUGGUGGUAAACGGCGAAAAGAAAUUGGACGGGAGACUCGUGGGGAGCGAAGCGUUCGUUCCGUUUUCUUUCGUAAAGGAGUAUUUUGAUAUUUAUGGCGAACUUCAAGAGGUAGAUGGAAGAACUGUCUUGGAUUGGCGGCAUUCCUAUUCAGAAGUUCAUUCAAUGAAACCGGGAAGUGUUUACGAGACGAAAGGCCCGUUUCUCUGGUUUGAAACUUAUCAUGUCGAAGGUCGCACUCGAGUUAAAUGCAUUAGCGGUGUCGAAGAGGUGCCCGUUUCAUCGCAGUGGUACUCAAAGGGACAUUUUUAUCCUAUUCAAAUCGCGCAAUAUGGUCUCUCGCACUACAAUAUAUUACAAAUCGAAGGUGACUCGGAUGGCAAGGAGAAAAUCUUCGAAGAUGCUGAAAGUGUCUCAGAUGUCAACUGGAACUGGGUCGCGCCGAAGGGCGCACAGAUGGUUAAUGUGUUUGAUAAAGAGCAAAAUUCAAGAGUCUUCCAGUUUUCCACGGCAGGCUUAACAGGAGAAGGGAUUUCUCUAAGCGUGGACAGUGCGACCAAGGAUUUCAUCGUAGCUUUCGACCUCCUCCUUGGCGGCGAGGUGCGUGUUUCUAUUGUCAUUGAAACAGACAAUUCGGAUUUCUACACAGUACAUUACACCUCUAAUAACGAGUUAAUUUCGUCGGCGGAGUCGGAGAUUUUCUACGGUAUAGGGCACUGGAAUGGCUGGAGAAGGAUUGUGCGGAAUUUGGAUACUGAUUUGAGGAAAGGACUACGGGUUCCUGAUGCGAAGAACGGGAAAAGAAGCAAGUUGUCUCUCACCGAAAUCCAGAGCAUCUCGCUUCACGGGAAAGGCUCCAUUGACAACAUUUCAUUGGCGCAUUCUGCUCAUGCGCACUCGUUCAUGGCCGCCGCAAGAUGGUUCUUACGUCAUCAGACCGAGCAAGGAAGUUGGCCAAUCACGGUGAAGCGUAAAGUGAUUGACGGGGUAACACUGCUCCCGAAUUGGUACUCAGCCAUGGGCCAAGGUCAGGGCAUGUCUCUGCUAACCAGGGCCUAUUUAUACACCAAAAACCCCGUGUAUUUAAGAGCAGCGCUUAAGGCGACUAAACUCUUUAAAAUCAAGUCGAAGGACAAAGGUGUUUUAACCACAUUCAUGAACCAAUACCCUUGGUAUGAAGAAUACCCCACCUCACCUUCACUGUUUGUUCUUAACGGCUUCAUCUACUCGCUCCUUGGACUAUAUGACUUGAAGCUCACUGUGGGCCCGCAGCACGGCACCGAGGCAGCGGAGUUGUUUGAUCAGGGGAUGCGCUCGUUAAAAGCCAUGCUGCCCCUCUAUGACAGUGGCUCGGGCAGCUUUUAUGACCUGCGUCAUGUGACCAUGCGUACCGCGCCAAAUUUGGCUAGGUGGGAUUAUCACACUUUACACGUUAGUCUGUUAUCGUUUUUGGCGAAUAUCGACCGGGAUCCCAUUUUAAGAACAACAGCAAAUCGAUGGGAAGGUUACGCUAAAGGAAAGAGAGCGAAACACAAUUAACUUUAAAACGGCGAUUUUUGUAUCCACAGCCCAGUGACGUUCUUUGAUAUAGAAAUCUUAAUCUAACAGACUAUUCAAGGUCAUUCAACGCUGGUUUCGUUGUGACGUUUCCGAAGUUAUUUAUUGCACCGUAAAGCGCUUCCAUCUCCCAGCAGACCACGCCCUUUGGAAACUUUCAGACGGUGCUCUUAGCGAAAGAGGUUUAUCAGCAACGUACUAAAAAAUUCAAUUCUUAUGACGUGGCACUGCUCAGGUCUGAGGACUGCUUCUGAUUGGUUCCUUGUUGAUUUGUAUUUAUUUCAACCAAUCAGAGUCACUCGGGUCUUGGGUGGGCCAACGUCAUCACUGUGCAAUUUCGCUUCUGUUUUCAGUCCCUUGAAGGAGCAAUUUUCGCAGUGUUAAUCUUCUGGUUUACUUUGAAACAUCAAGGAGCAUACCAAUAUUGUAAUCUGAUUUCUUGAAUUUCGUUAUGCACAGACGUAUAUAUACUUUUUUGUUUUACUUUUGUGGCUUGGUGACUGCCCCGAAAUGUUUUUGAUAUAUUUUUGGUAAACUCAUAGUCGCUUUUAUCGUGUGCAGGUACUGUUUUAUAUUGUACUCGUUUUAGAGUUAACGGCAUUACCAAAGAUGGAUUAUAUGUGCCCUGAUCAUGACAAUGAGACUCUCUGAGUGCUUACAAGCCAGAAAACUGCAUCUUGGAUACUACUUCCCACAAUUUCUAAGAAAAAAAAUUAAGUAUGAUUGUUUUUGAUCAAGUUAAACGACCGCUCCUA